UGCAGCGCUUCACUACACUGCAGGUAUAGAAGCAAUGGUAUAAACUGCUGGAUGUCUCUUAUUCCUUUGUUUACUUUUUCAUUCGGCGUAAAAGUCCACGAAUAAAUGGAGACGACACAACAUCAAGGAAAGACGACGCAGAACAUGUUUCAGGAGGGGCUGUACCAAGUGUUUUUCAAGGAGACCCGUCCCCCCAACCCCACCAGCCCAGACUCCAGUAAUGGGGAGCUGAACAACGCCAGGAUUCACCGUUGGUUUGGGUCUGUGGUUAACACAAGACUUUUAGUUGCUGGGGUGGUUCAAGUCCUCAGUGCUUUGGCUUGCAUACUAACAACAGUAAGCCAUGCGUGUCUGAGGUACAACUACUCUGUCUCCAAGAUGACUCCAGUGUGGUCAAGCUUAUUUUAUGUGGCUGCUGGGUGUCUGGCCAUAGAGGUUCAGAGGAAAGCUAGCAGAUUAAAGAUCAUCAGUCUAAUGGUUCUGAACGUUUUCACGCUGUUGUUUGGCUUUUCUGCUCUGCUGGCCAACGCUCUUGUACCUGUGCCACCCGCAGCACUCAGAGCAUACCAGGAGUUUUCGUCUGCUCAGAGAACCGGCUCACAUAUCGUAAAUGCCACAUCCAUACUCUUCAACGUCCUGUGUCUCCUGGGCUCAAUCUACAUACUUUUCCUGUCGUGGCGAGGUCUGCGCCGCUACAGCUCCCCCCAGAUCCAGGCCUACUGUCAAGUCUCGCAGGAUCCUGAGGACACUAAUGGGCUUCUGCUGGAACAGGAAGUGAAUUGUGAAACCUAAUGACAUGAAAACUCUUUGGAUAACUCCCACUUACAUAUCAUCUGAAAACAAAACUACUACUGUUGACAGAGACACUAAGGACUAGUUGUGCAACCCUGAUAUAAAAAUGGAAGAAAUCUUAUCAUGCCUCUAGGACAGAAGACUCUGCAUCACUAUUUCCCAAGAAUCACAAAUUCCCAAAGGGCAACAAGAAGCCACAGCAAGAACAGCUUGCAAACAAACAACCUAAAGCCACAAUAACCAUGAAAGCUUCAUUCUUAAAAUAAAAUUGACAAGUUUAUGAUAUCAAAUGUCAGAAAAUCUUGAUGGUGUAAUGGUUGAUUUAUUUUAUUUUAUUUUUUGGAAAAUGUUUCACAUUAUUUGCUUUCCUUUUCAUUUCCUUAGAUGUUGCUUUUAAUGGACACUAGAGGGCAGCAUUGUCAAACCUUGUUCAAGACGUAGUAGUUUUGUUCUUAAAUCAAAUCCCUCUGUUUAAAGCUGGACUUCAUUCUAAUUUAUUGAGGAGGUGGAACUUUUAUGACUUGACGAGUAUGAUAUAUAUACUAUAUUUUAUAUCUGUAAUCUAAAUGUCAUUGAGUGUAAAUAAAACCUUAGAAAUGAA